AUGUCCCCCGAACCCAGGUGCUUCGGAUGGCACUGUCUGACCGUGGCCGAGAAAUUCGGCAUCAUAUUCAGCGCCGCCGUCGUCAUCAUCGUUCUGUCCAUAUCCUGGAUGUGCUAUAUGGGCAGGGCAGCAAGUUCUCAUCGGGUACAGUUCUCCGUGUCUCUCCCCGGAGGUCGCAGGAUGCGCAGGAAUCCGCGGCUGCCCCCCAAUAUGGUCGCAGGACAGCUCCCCGUCGCCUACAAGCAGCCCGGCUAUCCUCUCCGGAUCCUGUACCAGCCAGUACUAUAUAGCAAUAUCGACUCCAUAGAUGCGCUGCGGACAUAUCCCCAAGAGACUCUCCCAGGCCCCUACGACCACAAUAUACACAUGAUAGCAGGGGCAGGCAUGUCGGGUCCAUAUUACGGUCCUGAAGCGCCACCGCUGGGCAUACACGAAGGGCCUGGCCUUCUUCCUCCACCCCUAUCCUCUCACCCAGUCAACUAUCCGAGGGCACAGACUCAGGAGGGUCCGCAGUCGACGUGGAGGAACCGCUCCGUUGGCACGUUCAACAUGCCGACGGGCAGGGCGUCCACUAUCGCGAGCAACGACGAACGACAACGCAGCACAACACCACACACCGGCUCUCCUCCCCAGAGCAGGGAUGAGAGGGCCCCCGUCGCCAGCGCCGUUACCAGAUACGGCGGUAUCCGCCUCGUGCCUUCCUGUGAACCGGAGCAGCAGCAGCAGCAGCAGUCGCCAACUAGGAUCCGGAACGAGGACGACGAUACCCCGUCCAUAAAAUCGGGUGCCGCCACGGUCCACAGCGACGACUACGACCUGCCAGGGGAGUCACAUCUGACUUCUGUGGACGGGAUUUCACUACAGUUUCGCUCUCGAUACCGCUCUCGACGUUGGGAACAAGACGCUCCCCAGCCUAAUCAGAUUGGUGCUAUGGUCGUGGUACCGACUGCGUCUUCAAUUUCAGAAGAGUCAGCCUUGCGCGGAGGCGCCAUGAAUGGCGUGCAUAUUCCCUUGGGAAGGCUUCCCGACGUGUCUGAUGAUGGAGACAAGCUGUUCCAGGCCUUUGAGAGCGGCCCAUUCUGCAGGGAAACGAUGCGCGCCGACUGGGAAAGGAGGUACGUGACGCGACAGGCAGAGUACGAUACCGGUGUUACCCUGCGUUCGAAUGGGAGAUGCUAA